AUGUACAACGUUAAUUGUCUCCUCGAGUACCUUAUCAAAUAUUCUUCAGACGAUUUUUUUGUGUCCCGUCUUGAUAUAACAGCCAUCGGUCACCUUUCGUAUCAAGCAAAAGUGACCAUCCCUCCAAACAAUCAAGUCUGGCUUUGUUCAUCUGGACGACCUAUUGCGAACUUUCAAUCUUGGUCCUGUUGGACUCAUUUUCUGUUCCAAUCCAUUCUUGUCGAAAACCCUUUCGAACCGACUACCUUGGAAGAUGGGAGGACACGGUUAUCUGUAAAAUCCAAUACUCGCCAGCUCGUGCACGGGGACUUUGUCUCGUUCAUCUACGAGAUGGAUAGAGGGUUUCCAUAUCACCUUGUGCGUACAGGUUGGCUUUCCCAAUCAUGCAGCAUUUUCAGCACAAUGAAUAUACCAAGGCAUGAAUGGUCAGACUGUACGUUGUUUGUGUCGAUGCGGUUGACACUCAUAAUCGAUCCCAAGACGUUUGCCCACAAAGGUGACGCUGAUGAGUUUACUGGCGUUGCCUCCGAUAUGGUUCUCAAUGCCUUCGAAACUCAGUCUUACCUCUUCGUACUCCCGCCACCUCAAACUGCCGACAAUUCUCCUUACGUGAUUACUUGGAUGUUAGGAAAGGAUCUGUACUAUUGGUCCUCCGAUCCUGAUGGAAAACGGUGA